CUUUAUUUUUUCUCUUUCACUAGGUCUUUUAUUGCCCAUUAAACACAAUUAUUAUUACUGUUCCUUUGAUUCUAUAAAAAGUUCAGAACUUGAUGCUUGGCUUUGUUGCUUGUUCAAGUACCCAACUUAUUGUGAAUCUCUCGUGUUUUUCUUUUAUAUAUGUUAUUCCCUUUAAAAUUCCUCUACAUUCCCCCAAUUCAAGCAAAAACAGCAUUUGAUACCCUUUCAAUUAAGUGUACCGUCUCUUCCCUUAUAUAUCUGAUUUAGGUUUUACAGUGAUGUAAAUUCCCACCGAAGAAUUUGAUUCUUCUUUUGUACUCUUUCGAAAGCAACCACAAAUCUUGGAGUAUCUCAAACAGGGUUUGUCUCCAUUUCAUUCCCAAAAAUAAAAUUCUUGAUCCUCUGUCUCUCAAUUUCCUUCAUUUUAAAAUUCUUGGUUCUAUGAUCUCACAAGCAAGCUUACAUUACAUUAUGUUUCUCUCCCUCUGAAGACUGAAGAGAUUGGUUAUGAGAUAGUGACUUUGCUAUCUCUCACACUCUUAAAAGCGAAUCUACUUUUCUUUUUUUCUUUCUUUUUUAUUUUCUCUCUCCCUGGUUAAGCUCUUGUGAGCUGUAAACUUAGCUAAAUCCAUUGCUUGUUACCACUUUAUGCUCUGAAAGUUCUCAGCUUUCUUUGUCUAUGAUAAGUCUAUUUUGUUCUCUUUAAUUAUUUUCUUCUUCCCUUGACUUGAGUACGAAUAAGCAUUUUAUCCUAGGGUUCUCUCUCUCCAUACCUCUCUUCUCUUUCCUAAAAGAACCUGUGACUUGCUCUUCUGCUAGUCUGCUACAUUAGAUUUGAUGCUCUGUUGAUUUGGUUUUUAUCUUUUUUUUUAAAAAAUAUUUUCACUUCUUCCUCUUUUUCCUCCCCACUGUAUAAAAAUCUGCUAACUGGGUUUACUUCAGUUGUUCCUUGUCAACAAAGUAGCAAAACCAGGUUUUGGAAAUUGGAAACUUUUCUUGUUGAAUCAGAAGAGAAUGGGUGGUGAGGGUAAUGAAGGAGAGAUGGGUUUUAAGCAUGGAGAUGAUGAGAGUGGGAUCUCAAGAGUUGGAAUUACGCCAAUGCCCCCCUUGUAUGCAAAGGCAGAUCCUUUCUUCUCUUCUGCAGAUUGGGAUCCAGUUGUCAAUGGUGGUGGUGGUGGUGGCUUCUCUAGCUCUCAUUACCACCCUUCAAUGGCGAUGGAUAAUCCAGGGAUGAGUUGCUUCUCACAUUACCAACCCGGUUCGGGUUCUGGCUAUGCAGCAGAGAUGCCUGCGAGUCUUCUUCCGUUUGGUGAUUGUGGAGGUGGUCAAAUUGGUCAUUUUCUUGGUUCAGACAAGAAAGGGGAAAGUGUUGCAAGAUUGAUCAGAGCUGGAGAGUCUCAUGAUGAUCAUCAUCAGGUUUCAGAUGAUGGUGGUGUUCUUGGUGCUUCCCCAGUUGGGAAAAGAAGGCAACCUGAAGCCGAAUCACAAUGGAACAAGAAAGCUGUGGAGGAAUUUCAAGAAGACCCUCAAAGGGAAAGUGAUCAGAGCCAGAAGAAACACAAAAAUGAUCAGAGUAAAGAGACGGUGAACAAGGAGAGCUCACAAAGCGAAGAAGCACCUAAAGAAAACUACAUUCAUAUGAGGGCAAGAAGAGGUCAAGCCACUAAUAGUCACAGUCUUGCAGAGAGGGUUAGACGAGAAAAGAUUAGUGAAAGGAUGAGACUGCUUCAAGAGCUUGUUCCCGGAUGUAACAAGAUCACCGGGAAAGCUGUUAUGCUCGAUGAAAUCAUCAACUAUGUUCAGUCAUUGCAACAGCAAGUUGAGUUUUUGUCUAUGAAACUUGCGACGGUGAAUCCAGAAAUCAACAUUGAUAUAGACAGGAUUCUUGCCAAAGAUCUUUUGCAAUCAAGAGACAGAAACACUCCUACACUUGGGCUGAAUCCUUUUACCGGUUUUCAAGGGACCAUACCGAACCUUUCUACCACCACAAAUCCACACUACAACUCAUUACCUCAGACAACACUAGAGAGUGAACUACAAAACCUUUACCAAAUGGGGUUCGUCUCAAAUCCAUCUACUAUGUCCAGUUUCUCACCUAAUGGUCGAUUGAAACCAGAGCUCUAGAAGUUCAAGGAAAACUUGCAGGGAGUUUGUAUAGAAGAUGGCUUUGGUUCUAAGUAUCAUAUGUGUGUUCUUCCGUUCCAUAUUAUUAUUUUUUUUCUUUCUAAAGUAGAAGGAUUUGAAUUCUCAGUUGUUGUUUUAUUUUCUCAACGAAGAAUGCAUUUAUUAAAUAUGGAAAUCAGAAAAGCAUUGC